ACAUUGGUGACAAUACAUUUGUUUCAAAUUACAGCCAAAUUAAGUCCAGUUGAUUGGUUUGGUUUUUAAAUUGUUUCAAAUAUUCAGUUCUGACACUUAAUUGUAUCUGUGUAUUUAUUUGUAAGACAGGAUGCCUACGGUCAGUGGAUGUACCCAAGUCUCAGACUAUGCUCUCAUACUGUCGGGAGUUAACUGAAAUGACGAAGAAAAACCAUGAGAAGAACGCUUAUAGCAUUGCUGCUGACAUUGGCAAGUGCUCAUUGUCUAGUGGAUGGACAACUGUACAUAGAUAACUCCUGCAAAUGGUCUUAUCAGAUUAAGGACUUGUACAAUGUCACCGUGCAAGAUUUGGGUUCAGUGUGUCCACAAAGCAGUAUAAUGCCACCCUCUGGCCACAUCUUAGAUCAAACUGACAUGUAUCGCCUGAAAAUAAAUCAAAUAAACAAUGGUAGGACGGCUGAAAUUGACUGGGAACAUGAUAGCUGCUUUCAAGAAUACUACAUGCAGUUUGAAGCCAAUUUCCAGCCCUACUGGCGACUCGACAAUACUCGUAGAAAAUGCAUACGAUUUAUAGUGACACGUUUAUCAACUAAAUGGGCAUACGACAGAGGCAGUCGUCUCUAUUUCAACUGUCUCCGAAUAAACUCGAGAGAAAUGGGAACUCUCGCGAUUAAAAACAGUAAACACAAUGUCGACAUGACUUGUCCAGAGAGGAGUUCUUCGGAUUCUAUUAAAUUUGAUCUUGGAUGUGGAUUUGAUAAGACGAGAGUCGAAAUUGACAACUGUUUGUCAGUAGAAUUCCGGGGAUUACACUCCGAUACUGAUUUCAGGAGAACAAAAAUAGAAUACAAAGGAAUAAAGAAUUGUACACAUACAUACGACGGAACACAUAUUUAUUGUUUUAGUGACCCGUUUCAGGGACACCUAAAUUUGCCAGUCUAUGGAGAUGGGAUAUAUUCUAUUGACAUUAUACUGGUAUGCAACGCAUCUGGUGAAGUGGCAUAUAAAACAUUCCAUUUUGAGGAAAAUGUAACGAAAGCUAGUUCCUGUUCAAUAUAUAAUUCUUCAGUUCGUUCUACGUGUGGAGUUUUAGAGACUACAACACAAUCGAAAGAAGUAUCAACAGUUUGGUCCUCGUCACCACAGAAUCAAUUAUAUACAUUAAUUACUGUCGUCUCAGCGAUUGGUACCGUUGUAAUAAUAGUGACAGUUGUUUUUAUACAUCAAAAUAGAAGAACAAAGAGGAAUCAGCAAGGGAGAGAUACCGAAGAAAGUCAGAUAAAUACCGGGGGACAUGAGAUGCAAAUGCUAUGUGGAAAUGAGUUAAAUGGAAUCACAAAAGUAAAUACUUGUGAAACCACAAACUUACAGACCGAGGAAAACAAUGAUGUCAAAGAAACUAUUUUGUGAAUUUGUAUGAAAUGUUGAUUUAUAUAGCUUCUAUAGAUGUUAUUAACUAUUACAAAUGCCGUGUAACGGCCGUAAAAAGUGUCCCCGUACUUGGACUCGUUGUUAUGAUAUUUUCUAGUCAUAAUGGAUCAUGGAGUCCAUUCCAUGCAUACUAGCGUUCAGCUAAAGCCAGUGUCAGGGGUAGGGGCUUGAGUGGUGUUGCAAAUUUCUUAACCUCCUGAACAGUUUCAGUGAAAUUUAGUCCGCUGUUAUUUUGCUUGGUUGCGUUCUACGCUACCAAAAGAUCUUCUUUUAAUCAAGACGGCAAACUGACUCCGUUGUUACCAAAACUGGCCGAGAAUCAAGGUGAAGUACCCUCCUGUGCUUGAAAUAAAUAUAAUUCUCAUUUUGGCUGUGUACACUUUAGUCAUGUGUAACUGUUUUACUUGAAAAACUGCCAUAGAUUGCGCUUGACGUGUUAAUGAAAUUUUGCUGUGCUUUUCACAUGCACAUAAGAUGUGAUAUAUUUUUUUCAGAUCGCUCAGCACGACGUUUUAUGUUAUCUUAUUUGUGUUAAGUUGUUUCAGCUUGAACAUUCCGGAUUGAGUUACCAGUACACCCACUUUCGUAGUGUUUUGAUAUUUUAAUCACCAUUUGGAUAUGGUGCCUACUUUUAAUAUUGUCUUUCAGUUGUUUCUGUGAUAUGCAAUCUCCAGAUCUACGAUCCCUACUCUAAAAUCCAGUUAUUUUAGUUCUAUUCAUUGAUUUCUCGUUAAGGGCUAGUUCAUUAUUUCAGUUGGGGACAUACGCUCCUUUUCAUGGAAUUGCACUCAUUGAAGGUUCCAUGUACAACGCCAUAUGAACUUAUCUGCGGAUGUCUCUAAAUUGUAAUUUCAUACUUGUAACAUGUGCAACUGCUCAGAGGACUUGGAUAAUAUAUUACCUCGUCUGUAUUUCUGCUACCACCUUUGAACAGGCUCGGCAACAUUUUCAAAUUUGUCGCGUUGAGCGACCUGUGGAGUUUCAAUUUUUCUAUUUUAGAUCUUAAGUUUUUGAAAAAUAAACUGAUAUGUUAGUAAUGCAACGUUCAUGAACAUCAAAAAAUACUAUAUCAUUUUUGAUAUCAUGAAACUAGAAAAAGGUAUUUUUUCAUCACGUACCGUUACUUUGUAUGUUCGAAUUUGAAUAUUUGUUAUAUAUGUUAUAUAAAUUGUCGUGUACAUUCCAAUACAAUAAAAAGGCAUAUUUUCUUUGAAUCAAAACUUUAUUUUUUUAAAAAUAAAAUUACAACUAAA